UAUAAUGGCCAUUAUCUGUUUAAAAAUAAAGCGUUGUUCAAGUCUAUUUUACAGUUUAAUAAAUACACGGAAAGGAUACAAUGGCAAUUAAACUGAGUUUGUUUUCCGUCUACCUGGUGUUUUUUACAUAUUAUUUCACAGAGGUUUAUUCCCUCGUGGAAUUUACAAAUGCACUGUGCGAGUCUUUGGAUAAGGAUUUUGCAUUAUUUGACUAUUGUUUUCUGAAAUCUAUAAACCGAACGUUGAAAUAUGUUUCCCUUAAAGUUAACCUUCUAAAGAUACCCGUAACCAAAGUCAAGGUGAAAUUUGGUCUAUACAAACGGGUGAAUAGCUAUAUGCCUUUUCUCUACAAUAUAACCUUUGACGCGUGCAGAUUCCUAAAAUCUUCAAAUCCCAAUCCCAUUGCUCUGUAUUUUUACAGUAUUUUCCAAGAUUAUUCCAACAUAAACCACACUUGUCCUUUUAACCACGAUAUUUUACUGGAUGUACCAUAUCAUAGUAUAAACACUAAGCUAACCAAAAUACUGCCCUUUCCGGAGGGCAAAUAUAUGCUUGAAGCGCAUUGGAUAGCCUACGACAUCGAUAGAGCUGUAACUAAAUUCUAUUGGUCACUUACUUGA